AUGGCAACUCACCAGAAAGCGAGUUUCCAUCGAGCAAUAAGGUUGCGAAGGGCCGUAAGUUCUUCUGGAAUCGAGCCUGAUAAAUUGUUGUUACUUGCCAAAAACACAACUAAACUCCCCCAAGAAGAAACCCCACUCGGAAUUUCACCCGAAAACUCGUUGUUAGUAAUUUCUAAACGAGCGAAAUUCGGCCCUACUUUGCUCGGGAGCUUGCCGGAGAACUUGUUAUCACUCAGCAUCACACUAUACAUUUCUUUUGCAGUCCAAAUACCCAACGGAACUUCGCCGGACAUGUUAUUACUGUACAGCUGCACCGUGUCUAGGGUUUUGCAACUCCCGAGUGAUUUAGGAAUUUCGCCGGUUAAGUGGUUCUUAAAAGCAAUCGCACCAGUCAAAGCACCGCCGGAGCACAAAUUUUCCGGCAACUUUCCGCUUGGAGUAAACACCCAUAUCGGCCGGCAAUAUUCCACUCAGAUUAUUGGUGAAAAUCUUGAAAUACUUGAGAUUAGGCAAACGCCCUAUGCUCUGAGGUAUUUCACCGAACAGAUACAUCGAUCUCAAUCAGGUCCAGUGACCCGAUUACCUGAGGGAUCCAACCCGAAAAACGAUUGUUGUAAAGAUAAAGCAAACUCAAAUUCUUCAGCGAGAACAAUCCGUUUGGAAUCGGACCCUCCAUUUCGUUUACAUACAGAGCCAAAACGCUUAGACCUGGUAGGUUCACGAAGCUCUCAGUACAAUUUCUUCAAAUUUCCGAACUCCAGCGGCACGACCGCCGGCCGGAAUGGGUUGUUCGCCAGCGCUAGAUACUCGAGAUUCGACAAAUUCGAAAUCCCCAUAGAAGUUCUCAGAUCUGUUAAGUUCCCGAUCUCCGGAGGUACGUCGCCGGUGAAGUUGUUUUCCGACAGGUCGAGGUGGUGGAGUGAUCGGAGCCGGCCGAUGUUCGUCGGAAUUUCCCCCACGAAGUAG